AUGACAGAAGAAUUACUCCUUCUAGAGGAGUGUAAAUGUAUAAAGAUCAUCGGUCACUUGGAGGCGGUGCGUUGGCACCUUUGGCCCCGGGACUACCAGCCUAGCCCGGGGGUAUUGGCCAUUGACGAUUGGACCAACAACCAGCAUAUAUGGCUGCAUUAUGUGGAGAGCGCGGACGGUAUCUUACCUGAUGAUGAUAUAUUAAGGUCUACAGACACCCGUUACUGGUCAAUCCAUGAUGUCCAGCGCUACUUCGUUGGCGAGCUGCACUGCGAGAAAGUCCUCUUCACCUACCAGUACCCAAACAUAAGAAUGCCCACGCGCUUCGGAAGUUAUUUGUGGAAAGCCAAUACUGCUCUGAAACUGCCACCAGCUCUCUAUAUGCGGGAACUGCAUAGGUCUUUGGAAACUACGCUUAAAAAAUUAGAAGCCGAACAAGUACAAAUAGACAAACUCAUUUUGUGCGAUCAGCUGAUCAAAAUAGAUCGCCUAGAUUGCUUCAAGAGGCAAACGUUUUUCAGACUUGUUGGGAAUAUUAUCAGUUUCCAAGACGAUCUUGAGCUAGUUUCCCUGGAGAACCUCUGCUGCAGCAGGCUGGAGGGCGUGCGUUUGAUCCAGCAGCUCGCCUGCUUCACCUCCCACUCCCUGAAGUACCUGUUCCUCUGGCGGUUCGUGCUGCCCAAUGAGAACCCGCUGUUGAUCAACUAUAGCUAUAUCACGGGUAGCGGCAAGCACAUCCCGCGGCCGGACACACGCCGCUGCUUCCUGCGCAGCCUGGCCGAGCUGCGCAACCUGCGGCUGCUCGCGCUGGAGUACGCGCACGUCGCGGACGGGACGGGCUACGCGCUGAUGGCGCUGCUGCCCGUCUUGCGGCGCCCGCACUUUAGAUUACAGUUAAUAUGCCGCGAGGACCAGAUCCCGGGUCGAGCGGACACGGCGCGCGGCGCGGGCGGGCUCGGCGUGCCAGACACUGUGUGGCGCCGGGUCAGCAUCGCCUGCCCUGACUUGUAUCUGCUUAUGGCUUUUUUCCGUAUCCGCGAGUACGACAACGUGCGUCGUUUCUUGUCGCCGAGCGCGCCGCUCCGCGAAGCGCACCUGCAGCGCGGGCUCGAGCUGCGCCGCGCGGGGCCCGCUAGCGACCUCAGUUGCUUUGUGCGGCACGUUGCGUAUAGAUAUGGUGAUACUUUAGUAACGCUAAGCAUCCACGAAUGGCGCGGCGCGUUGUUCCCGCUGCGCCGCAUCGUGGAGCUGCUGCCGGCGUUGGUGCGGCUGCUGUACACCGGCCUGGUGGAGGAGAGGGAUCUAGACGAUACCCUGGCUGUGGUGGCUUGUGGAGUGGCUAGGAAACUGAAGCAGCUCCACAUACAAGUGCAAGACGAAGAGAACACACGCGCCGGCUGGGCGGACGCUCUGCGUUCUCUGCGCGACAAGUACAAGGAUAUCAUGGCCUUGUUCGAUAUCAAACUUUGCUUGCAAAUUUAUAAAAACUAAUGCAUUCUCAGAGCCAUGUCGUCGA